UGUCGAGGUUUAGGAAGCUCUGCACCCAAACACCAACUGCGUCGCAAUUCAUGAUCGGGAAGUGCUUCAUUCAGCACAUCUCUUUUGUUUCCACGCUUACACGCAUGCAGGUCGAUGUUGUUGGAAACGGAGAUGUCGUGUUUAAUGGUCUCUUUCGACGCUAACUUCAUAGUGGUGAGGUUUUAAAGUUUUUUGAGCUGCGGAAUCGGGGGAACGCAGAGAGGGAAGGAGAUCUGUGUGGUCUGGGAGCGUUGUCUGAGCUGUGCGUUGAGUUGGAAGGUUGUGUGGUGUGAAUUGGGGGUGAAGGAAAUGUGAGGUGGGCUUCCUGACGAAGGGAUUGAGGAAGUAAGAUGAGGGCGCGGGGGGUCGGGAAGCAUGGGGUGGGAAUUAUAGAGGAGGAGCGGGACAAGGAGCGUCACGUGUUGGGCCUGCGUGUGAAGAAGGGGCUGGGUGUCAGAACAUGGCUGCUGAUCGAUGUGAAGGGCUCGGCGCAGGUGGUGGAGGCAGGAAAGCAUGCUAUCAUGCGGCGUGCUUGUCUUCCUGCCCGAGAUCUGCGAAUUUUGGACCCCCAGUUGUCUUACCCGUCAACAAUUUUGGGACGAGAGCAUGCUAUAGUGGUGAACUUGGAGCACAUUAAGGCGAUCAUUACAGCACAGGAAGUUCUCUUGCUCAAUUUUAAGGAUGAUUCGGUGGCACCAUUUGUACGAGACCUUCGAAAGCGCCUUCCUGUGCAUUUCAAUGCACUUGGUCAAGAGGUUCAUAACGAUGAUGGCGGCGGGGGAUUAAGCGAUUAUGAAGGAGAUGGGCACCAAAAAUUCCACUCACACUCACCGGAUAAGCCAUUGGCUACAAGAUUAUGCACUACUAAAGCAGACAAAGAGGCUUUGAUGGAGGUUCCCAAGCUUGAAGCACAGACUGGCGAAGCUAAUAAAUUCUCUAGUUUCCCACAGUAUGACGACGAUGGGAGUCCUGGACGAGCAAGAGGUGGUCCCAACAUAUUGCCUUUUGAAUUUCGGGCAUUGGAGGCCUGUUUGGAAGCUGCUUGUAGCUCUCUUGAUAAUGAGGCAUUGGACUUGGAAAAAGAGGCUUAUCCAGCGUUGGACGAGCUUACAUCUAAAAUUAGUACUUUGAACUUGGAGCGAGUGCGCCAAAUUAAAAGUCGCUUGGUUGCCAUCUCAGGUCGAGUUCAGAAGGUGAGGGACGAAAUUGAGCAAUUAUUAGACGACGACGGAGAUAUGGCAGAGAUGUACUUGACUGACAAGUUGCUAGCACAGCAGGAGGGUUCAGUCUCUCCUUCCUCCCCUGGUCCCGGGUUUGGAUCUGUUUCGCCUGGUGCUGACAGUCAUACUACACAUCUGCCUUUCAAUCCUGAUGAUCCAACACUUCAGUCUGAUGGACAAGUUUCGGAUGACGAAGAUGGGGUAAAUGGAGGGCCAGAGAGUCUAGCUAAUGGAAGAAUUCAUGGCAGUAGAAGUAGUAGCUCUACUAGUACUGUUUCUGCUAAACCUUUGGACGUGGAGGAGCUGGAAAUGCUUUUGGAAGCAUAUUUUGUACAGGUUGAUGGUACACUAAACAAGUUGUCGACGCUGAGAGAAUAUGUGGACGAUACAGAAGAUUAUAUCAAUAUCAUGCUUGAUGACAAGCAAAAUCACCUUCUGCAGAUGGGAGUCAUGCUUACAACAGCCACUCUUGUUAUCAGUGCCUUCAUUGUAGUGACUGGGGUGUUUGGAAUGAAUAUUAACAUUCCUCUUUUUAAUAUUGGCGGAACCCCUCAGUUUCUGGCAAUUGUUUUCGGGUCAGCAGCCAUAUGCGUAGUCUUGUAUUUUGCAGUUAUAGGAUGGUGUAAGUACAAGCACCUGAUCGAAUAGUAGAUUCUGCUUACCCUCUAUUACUUAUUCUUAUUCUAGUUAGUUGCCCAAUACAGAUUUAAGCCAUCAGAAUAUGGCUCGGUAAUGCAGGAGAUUGUCGCUUGAUUCUGCAUGUGUGUACACACAUACUUUUAGUAAAAAAAAUUCCCUCACAAACA